GAUCUUCAGACACAACAACAAUGGGGUUUUGAGAAUUUCCGGAAGACGCAAUAAAACGUGUUUCUUGUGAAAAGGUUUUAUUUUUCCCAUUUUGAUUAUUUGUUUCCUAUUAUUCAUAAUAAUGGGAAAAGGCGCGAUCAAAGAAGAAGAGAGGCAAGGGAAGAGAAAAACAUGGCGAUGGCCUUUGGCGGCUUUGGUUGUUGUGUUAUUGGCAGUUGCUGUUAGCUCUAGGACUGCUUCUAAUGUUGGUUUUUUCUUCACCGAUCGGAAUUCUUGCAGCUGUUCACUUCAGGAAACUGGUAAAUACAAAGGCAUAGUUGAGGACUGUUGCUGUGAUUACGAAACAGUGGACAAUCUCAAUAGUGAGGUUUUGAAUCCUUUGCUUCAAGAUCUCGUCUCAACCCCAUUUUUCCGGUACUUUAAGGUUAAACUGUGGUGUGACUGCCCGUUCUGGCCAGACGAUGGAAUGUGUCGUUUGCGUGAUUGCAGUGUCUGUGAAUGUCCAGAGAAUGAAUUCCCUGAACCAUUUAAAAGGCCAUAUAAUAUUGCGGGUCUUCCUUCUGAUAAUCUGAUUUGUCAAGAGGGAAAACCGCAAGCUGCUGUUGACCGUACCAUAGAUAACAGAGCGUUCAGAGGUUGGGUCGAAACCCAUAAUCCAUGGACGCAUGACGAUGACACAGAUAGUGGUGAGAUGACUUAUGUCAAUCUUCAACUAAACCCUGAGAGGUUUACUGGUUAUACUGGACCUUCUGCUAGAAGGAUUUGGGACUCCAUAUAUUCGGAGAACUGCCCAAAGUAUUCUUCUGGGGAGACAUGUCCAGAGAAAAAGGUUUUGUACAAACUUAUAUCCGGUCUUCAUUCUUCAAUCUCGAUGCACAUAGCUGGUGACUAUCUUCUUGAUGAGUCACGCAACCAGUGGGGACAGAAUAUCGAGCUGAUGUAUGAUCGUAUUUUGAGACAUCCGGAUCGUGUCAGAAAUAUGUACUUCACUUAUCUCUUCGUGCUACGUGCUGUAACUAAAGCAAAAGCAUACUUGGAGCAGGCAGAGUAUGACACAGGAAACCAUGCUGAAGAUCUGAAAACACAGUCCUUGAUUAAACAGUUAUUGUAUAGUCCAAAACUUCAAACAGCAUGUCCUGUUCCGUUUGAUGAAGCUAAGCUGUGGCAAGGUCAGAGUGGACCGGAAUUGAAACAGCAGAUCCAGAAACAAUUCAGAAAUAUAAGUGCACUGAUGGAUUGCGUAGGUUGUGAAAAAUGCCGCCUUUGGGGGAAACUUCAGGUUCAGGGUCUCGGGACAGCAUUGAAGAUUCUCUUCUCUGUUGGGAAUCAAGACAAGGGUGACCAAACACUGCAACUGCAACGGAAUGAGGUGAUUGCACUUGUGAAUUUGCUCAACCGUCUCUCUGAGUCGGUUAAAAUGGUCCAUGACAUGGGACCCGACGUAGAGAGGCUAAUGGAGGAUCAGAUAGCUAAGGCAUCAGCUAAACCUGGCAGAUUGAGAAGAAUAUGGGAUUUAGCUGCUUCUUUCUGGUGAAUUACUCCCAUUUCUCCUCAGUAACACAACGGAACUAUCCAGCUUUGAGGCAUUCAUGCUCAGUAAAUGUAAGCCUAGGAUGGAUAGUCAUCGUUGUAACAAAUUAAGUAAAAAAUCAUUAUAGAAACCCAUACAAAAGAUUUUGGUUAACAGAUGAAAAAAGAAUAGAGAUUCUGGAGAUAACAAAAUUUAUUAUA